AUGCCUGGGCUAGGUGACCUUUCGCCGCAAGGCACCAUUGCCGUCGGCAUCCUCGUUGGUCUAAUCUCGACCUCGGUCCAGAGCUUAGGCCUGACCCUCCAGCGACAGUCCCAUCUACGCGAAGACGAGAAAGACUACGAUGAUCGCAAGCCCGCUUGGAAACGGCCGAGAUGGCAGGCUGGCAUGCUCAUGUUCGUGUCCUCGAAUUUGAUCGGAAGCACCAUCCAGAUCACCACCUUGCCUCUGCCUGUUCUGUCCACCUUGCAAGCCUCUGGCCUUGUUUUCAACACAGCCUUUGCCACUCUACUGUUGAAGGAGCAAUUUACGAGGUAUUCUGCUAUGGGCACUAUUGGAACAUGCGCAGGCGCAGCUUUGAUCGCUACCUUCGGCGCAAUUGGCGAGCCCGCUCAUAACCUUUCUCAGCUCAUCGCACUACUGAAAGAGAAGCCCUUCAUAAUCUGGAUGGCAGCCACCCUCUUCGUCGCAGUCCUGACCAUUGCCUUUUCGUAUCUGCUGAAAUACUACUCCUCACACAGGCACAUCAUGCGCCACUGGUUUACCCACCAUGAGAGGCCUCGUUCGUCCUCAUCUGCAGGAUCCCCUCAGUCUGCACAUCCGAAACGUCAAUUUACCUCGUCGCUUCCCAGGCCUAUGCAACUACGUCUUGCAAGACUUCGCCUCAUUCGUGGCUUGUCCUACGGCUUAAUUUCUGGUAUUCUUUCGGCACAUUCCCUGCUCAUGGCAAAGUCCGCUGUCGAAUUAAUCGUCAGAACACUCGUCGAUCACCGCAAUCAGUUCAAUCGCUUUGAAUCCUGGCUGAUUUUGCUAGCCUUGGUCUUCUUUGCUCUGAUCCAGCUCUACUAUCUGCACUUGGGCUUGCGUCUAUGCAGUACUAGUGUUCUCUAUCCUUUCGUCUUUUGCAUCUACAAUAUCAUCGCCAUACUCGACGGCCUUAUCUACUUCCAGCAGGGUUCUCGUCUUAGCGGUUUGGAUGCUGGGCUGGUCGCUCUAGGUACUGUCAUUUUGUUAGCUGGUGUCCUGGCUCUAUCCUGGAGAUUAGACCAUGCCGAACCAGAGGCUUCUGCCCAUGGCCAUGAAGCUGGUUUACCUGGAGCUCCUCUCGCGCCUGGUAUGGGUACUUUCGGACCACCUAGCCUUGGGCCAACCUCGCCAUCAUCUCAUAGAGAGAGCGUGAACGACGAGAGUGCGCCAUUGCUGCGAAAGCGUUCCCAGACUCCAUCGGACGCGCCAUCCAGCCUACUGGUCACUGAUAAAAGAGACAUUUGGGCAGCACUCGACGAUGAAGCUGGUCCUGAAGACUUUCUUUCCUCUUUACCCAAAGCACACCCACAAUUUCUCAGACCACCCAAGCGAAGGUCCAAAUCUCCAACUUCACAAGCCGCCUCAAGCGCAAGCGAGCAAAGUGGCGAUGACAUGAAGACUGGCCCACCCAAACCACGAAGGUCCUCUAUGAAGGGUGCGAGAUCCGCGAGCGCUGGUCAUGCAGAUAGACAAGCAGGAGACCUGGACAUAACAGAGCCUGUCACAAGAAAAAGAGGACACACUGUACAUUUUGAGACAGGUAUGCCAAGUCGUUACGAUCUGACUGGUAAGGCCAGGCGUCGAUCCUCAGAACACGAUGCUCCUGACUGUCAGGAUGAGAACGGCUAA